CGCCGAUAUACCACGACUCCGCGCCCAUUAACUUUGAAACCACUGACAUUCUGUUUGAAAAACAUUUCACUGACUCUUUGUUGUCACGUUUAUUAAAACAGUGACUCUCUCAGAGGACGCCUGUGAUGAAGCGAAGAAAAGUUCCGUCCGGCUCCAGUAGUUGGUGUGUCUUUAACACAGAAUCAAGCGCUCCCUUGGUAAGGCGGGAAACACUGCUCUGCUGGUUGGUUCAGUGUUUUCCAACCGAGGAGGAUCUGCCGCGCUAAUCUACACUGGAAACAAGUGCAAACAUUACCUGAUGAGCCUUAUCACGGCUUUUAGGGUCUUCAGUCUGACUCUGACCAAAGAAACAAGUCUCUUCCCAGGCUGUGGAGAGUCCGGAGCGCCUAAACCAGCCCAGAGGAGCGGUUAAUUUUAUGUCGGUCCACGCUCUGAUCGUUAACGUUUGCCUCCGUAGCCACCGAGCGGCUGUUAGCUCCGACACAAAGAGGAGCGUGUUGCUAACUGGAUAAAGCAAAAGUUAUCCAAGAAGAAACUAUGGAUACGUUUCAGAAGGUAGAGAAGAUUGGAGAAGGGACGUAUGGUGUGGUUUACAAAGCCAAGAACAAAGUCACCGGAGAAACUGUGGCUCUUAAGAAAAUAAGGCUGGACACGGAAACAGAAGGUGUACCAAGCACUGCCAUCCGAGAGAUUUCUCUUCUCAAAGAACUCAGUCACCCGAAUAUUGUCAAAUUGCGAGACGUCAUCCACACGGAGAACAAGCUCUACCUUGUGUUUGAGUUCCUUCAUCAGGACUUAAAGAAAUUCAUGGACUCUUCCUCAGUCACUGGAAUCCCACUGCCUCUAGUCAAGAGUUAUCUUUUCCAGCUGCUGCAGGGUCUGGCCUUCUGUCACUCUCACAGAGUCCUUCAUCGAGACCUGAAGCCUCAGAACCUCCUCAUCAACGCUCAGGGAGAGAUCAAGCUCGCUGACUUUGGCCUAGCAAGAGCCUUCGGAGUACCAGUCCGCACAUACACACACGAGGUGGUAACACUUUGGUACAGGGCACCAGAAAUCCUCCUUGGCUGCAAAUACUACUCUACAGCUGUUGACAUUUGGAGUCUUGGCUGCAUCUUUGCAGAAAUGAUCACCAGGAGGGCGCUAUUCCCCGGCGACUCGGAGAUCGACCAGUUAUUCCGAAUCUUCCGCACCUUGGGAACACCUGAUGAAACCAUCUGGCCUGGAGUGACAUCACUGCCUGACUACAAACCAUCUUUCCCAAAGUGGGCCAGACAGGAUUUAUCCAAAGUGGUUCCUCUUCUUGAUGAGGAUGGAAGGGAAUUGCUCGCCGAAAUGCUCAACUAUGAUCCAAACAAAAGGUUAUCUGCAAAAAAUGCCCUUGUGCAUCGGUUCUUCCGUGACGUCACCAUGCCAAUCCCUCACCUGAGACUCUGAGUCAAGCCAAACAUCAGGCCAUUUUCAUGCCAAAUGUAUGUAAGCAAAGGACCCCAGCUGCCAUUCAGGGUCACACAUGGAGCAGUGGACACUACAGGACAUGUUGGAUCUUUAAAUGGAUAUUUGAUAACACUGAAAAUUAGCUUUCUAUCAAAAAAAGAAAAAGGCUUGUUCUUUCCAGCUAUUUUUGGUGUACUUAUGAACAUCUAACUAAUUUUCAUAUUCACAAGUUUGCAUAUUAUGUGCAGCUGCCAUUUUUGAUGUAAAUGUUAUUUGUUAUUCCGAUGGUGCUUUGACCAAGUGUAGGUCAGGAUACUCUAGUCACAUACCAUUAAUUUACUCAAAUAGCCCAGAAGUUAGAAUAAAAUAUUAUACCUUUGUGGGAUAGUGCAAAAAAAAAAAAAGUCAAAUGCUUU